AACAUUUUUUUUUUAUUAUUUCUGUGAUUGUGUUGUGUGGUGAUAAGUGGUGCGUGAUGGUACCACGAUGUGGUUGGCGGUGGUUCAUCUGUUAGUUGUAACCGAAGCCCUCGCAUUGAACAUCAGUAACGUUAUCUCACCAUUCAGCGAUGUGUUGCAAGUCCGCUACCCGUCUCGCAAGUCGCACGUGCGGCGUCAGCGCGCCAUCCCGGCGUCGGUGCCGUUCCCGUGCGCGGACGCGGUGUCGUGGGGCCGCAGCCCCGAGCGACCCACCUCCGUGCACAGGCUGAGGCCGGGUGACAUCGACGUGGUGGCCGCCAUCGGGGACUCCUUGGUGGCCGGCAGUGGCGCGCUGGAGGAGUUCGCUCUCGGAGCCUUCGUCGAGUAUAGAGGAGUGUCCUGGUGCGCUGGCGGCGAUGCAUCAUGGCGGGAGUACCUCACGUUGCCCAACAUCCUGAAGGAGUUCAACCCGAACCUGCGCGGCUACUCGACCGGCACCGGCGAGUGGCUCACCAGGAACGCGCAGUUCAACGUCGCCUUCCCCGUCGCCUCCGACGAAGAUGCUCUUAAACAAGCUAGGAUCGUAGUAGCCCGUAUGCGGUCGUCCCCGGAUAUCGACAUGGAGCGCGACUGGAAGAUGAUCACAGUGUUCAUCGGCGCCAACGACCUGUGCUCGGCGUCCUGCCUCAACCCCAUCUCGUGGUCUCCCGCCGCGCACGCCAAGAAACUCGCCAAAGCGUUGGACUACCUCCACAAGCACCUACCCAGGACUAUUGUUAAUUUGGUACCAGUAUUAGACGUGUCGGUAUCAAUCCGCGUGCUGCGGCCCAUGAUGUGCCGGCUGAUGCACUCGCUGUUCUGCACCUGCUUCCACCACCAGGGAGGGAACGAGCUCUACGACCUCGUGCGGAUGGCCAGGCUCUACCAGAAGGCUGAGGUGGCGCUGGUGGAGAGCGGUCGCUACGACACCCGCCCAGACUUCACAGUACUAGUGCAGCCCUUCAUGCGUCUGUUCAACGCGCCGCUGCCGCCGACGCGGCCGCUGCCGCUCGUCAUCCACCAAUCCUACAUCACGCACGACUGCUUCCACUUCUCCCAGAAAGGACAUGCUUUAGCGGCCAACCUCCUGUGGAACAACCUGCUGGAGCCGGUGGGCAACAAGUCCGACGACGUGCCGCCGGUGCUGCUGCGCUCGUUCCGCUGCCCCUCGCGCCGCGCGCCCUUCCUCUUCACCGCGCAGAACUCGCGCCAGUUCCUGCGCAGCGGCAAGCAGGACGGGGCCGACGACAUCUUCCUAGAGAAGUAACAGCUGGCUAUGAGGAAAGAUGCUAUGUAACCUAAAUAGGUCAGGGGCCUAUCAAUACCUCUUAAAGUAAUGUUUGUUUUUAUAAAUUUUGUCUGAACUAUUAUGUGGAGCGACAUCUCUUUUAUAUGACUAUACUUAAAUGAUAGAACGGUUUAUAAUAUGCGUAUCGUUUGAGGCAGUAGCAUCAAUUUGGGACCCAAUUUAGUCGGGAGUUUAAAGAUAAAUAUUAACGUGUGAGUGAGCCGUUGUAUCAUUUAAGUUUUGUCGUAUUUGGAAACGAGAUGCUCUACAUCUCGUAUGAACUAUGUGCUAUCGUAAUGUGCUUGUGUAAAUUAAUACGGUUGUAUGAGGUGCAAUCAUGGAAACUGAUGGAGCUUUCUUGAGAGGCUCUUCUGUGUGAAAUUGAUACCUAAAGGUUGUAAUAUAAUGAUUGUGACUAUGCGAUAAGAAGUUAAAUACGAAGCGUAAGUUAGUAAAAUGCACACUGACUGGAAAAAAAUUGCUCAAUAAUUCAGGAUCAAUGCCAAAGUGAGAAAAUGCGACAGUUUGAAUUUUUGUUACAGAUCUAAAUGCAAAAAAAAAGUUAUUCUAUUGCUAUUACCGUAUCUUUGAGUAUAUUGUAGUUCAUUACUAAAUUGUUUAGUAGUGAUUUAUGUGUACAUUGUUAAAAAUAACGUAAGUAAGGACAAAACAUGACAAAUAUAUCGAAAACCAUUGACAAGAUUUCUAAUAGGGAUGACGACUGGGUUUCAAAAGUAGAAGUCCAUUUAGCAAGUCAGAAAGCAAAGCAAAGCAGUUAAAUAUAUUACACUCGUAUGUUGACCUUUGCUGGAAUUAAAAAAAGUUUAAAAUUGCUUAUGACUGCCGAACGGAUAUAGGAUACGAAAAAUAUUCGUUAUUCCUAUUUUUAUUAUUUAAACAGUUAAAGAACAACUGUUUCAUCAUGCAAUUUAUAAGGUAGAAGGCUUGUCGAUGUCCCUUAUUUAUAUAAAGUGCCUGUUCAGUGACAAGGAUGAACUAGGGAACUAUAGCAGUAAGUACUUCGAACAAAAACUUGUCAAAUAUUUAUACAAUAGAUGUAGAUUAUGUAUGUUUGUGUACAUAAAUAAAUGUUAACUUUGGUCAUAUUUUAAUGGCUUGUAAGGUAAUUUAGUUUAGGUACUGGUAGUAAAAACCUCAUAGACGCUUAAGAAGUAAUUUCAUUUUAUAAUUUUAUAUUUGAAGUUCAAGUUUGAAUAUGAACUGAAAUAUUUACACACUUUGUAAUAAAA